GGAGGCGAAAGAGGGUUGACCGAGCUAGCGUUUUACAAACUCUAGGAAAGCGAGGCGCGGGGCCCCAGUCUGAAAUUGGGCCAUCGCUAGCGCCCUCUGCGGCCUAGAAGUGCGCUGAAAGCGUGCCCACAUCACAGCGCUCAACAGUACCGCCUGCACGCGCGUGGGCUCCUUCGCGCAGCCCUCAGCGGCCCCCUGAAGGCAGGCCUUCAGACAGCACGCGCAGGAGGCCGCGCGCGCGCACACCCGACGCGCGCGCCACAGCGCCCGCACGCGCCACAGCAGCCAUGAGCUUCCUGCGCAACAUUCCUAUUGUAAGAAACUUCCUGGGCGCCGGCGAGGAGGAGCGGCCGGCGGCGCCGCCCGCGCGGUCGUCGCCGCUCGCCGCGGCGAGCCCGUUCGUCGGCGUCGGCUUCGGGAGCCCCGCCGCGGCGGCGGCCCCUUCACAACCGGCGCCGUUCGCGGGCUUCGGGAGCCCGUCCCCCGCGGACCGCGCGCUGAGCGGGCCGUCCCUCACGGACCGCGAGCGCUACCUCGCGUCGCGCGCGCCGGCGCCGCCGGAGCCGCCUCGAGUCCAGGCGCCGCCGCCACCCGUGGUGCAGCACGUGUCGCCGCCCGCGCCGCCGCCGCCGCCUCCAGCUUCAAGAGGAGAGGACUUUGUGGGAGGCUACAGCCGGCCCUACGGGCGACGCGGCUACUACGACGAGCCCCCGCCGCGCCGCUACGACGCCUACGCGUCGCCGCGCUACGGCGGCCCGGCCUACUACGACGAGCGGCCGCGCUACGAGCGGCCGCCGCCUCCCCCGAGGCGGUACGACGCCUACGACGACGCCUAUUAUGACGACUACGACAUGCCCCCGCGGCGGCCGCCGCCGCGGCGUUAUUCGGUAGAGGGUCGAAGGCGUUCUCUUCCACCGCCGGAGCCGCGGCAGCCGGCCUGGAAGCGCGACCGCGACGACGAGGCGCCGGGCUCGCCUUUUGAUCCGUCGCUGGAAGCGGUCGCGGCGCGCGCGGCGAAGCGGCGCCGGUCCAUCGAAGCGCCGCCCCGGGCGCCGCCGCCGCCGACCUUCGCGGCCGACGCGGCGGAGCGCUCGCUCGCGCCGGACGCGUUGGCCGCGGCUCGUGCUUUGGGCCGGUCGUCGCGGCGCGAGUCGUCGGCCGUCGCGCGCAAGAUCCUCGAGGCGCUGGCGCAGAUCUCGGCGCCGCUCGACGAGGCGCGCGAGGCGCCGGUCGCGGCGCUCGCGCCGCUCACGGCGGCGCCCGCGGCGCCGCCGCCGCCGUCGCAGUCGCUGCCGCUGUCUCCCUCAUCGCAGCCCUUCGGCGCCGCGCCUGCGAAACCGUUCGCGUCGCCCGAGGCCCCGAAGGCGCUGUCGCCGGCGCCGGCACCCGCCGCGGCGAGCCCGUUCAGCUUCUCGGCGCCUCCCGCACCGGCACCCGCCGCGGCGAGCCCGUUCAGCUUCGGCGCGCCGGCGCCGGCGCCGGCGUCGCCGUUCUCGCCGCCGGCCGCGGCGCCCUUCUCGCCGCCGGCGCCGGCGCCGGCCCCGGCCGACGACGACGACGACGACGACGACGAGUUCGCGUUCACGGCGCCCGACGACGACGGCGCGCCCGUCGCGCCGGCGAAACCGCCGUCGAUCUUCGGCCGGGCCGCGGCGGCGGCGCCCGUGGCGCCCGAGUUCGUCUUCUCGCCGCCGCCUUCCCGAAAGCCGAAGCGCCGCGCUCCGACGUCGCCCGACGCCCCCGCCUCGUCGGCGAAGAAGCCCUUCGCGUUCAUGCCCGAGAAGGCGCCCGAGAAGGCGCCGGCGACGCCGUCCUUCCAGGCUUCCGAGGAGAAGUCCAAGCUGCCGUCAUCGUUCGAUGCGGCGACGAAGGAUACAACAAAGCCUUUACCUAGUACGGGCUGGGGCGACAUGUUCAAGCGCCCCCCCGGCCAGUGGAAGUGCGACGCGUGCUACGUCUGGAACGACAAGGACAAGACGGCCUGCGCGUCCUGCGAGACGCCCAAACCUGGAGGUGGCGGUGCUCCUACGCCGGCGGCGAAGCCCUCGCCGGCCGCGGCGUCGCCCUUCACGUUCGGCUCGCCGGCGGCGCCGCCGCCGGCGCCAACACCGGCCGCCAAGCUGUCGUUCGGCGCGACGCCGGCCCCGGACAAGCCGCCCGCCAAGAAAUCCGUGUCCUUCGCGACGUCGACGCCGGCCUUCGGGCUGAGCGGCGACAAGGGGGUAGCCCCGAAGACCCCCUUCGUGUUUGGGGGUGGUGCGGACGCGCCGGCGCCGGCGCCGGCCGCCGCCGCGUUUAGCUUCGGCUCGGCGCCCGCCCCGGCGCCGGCGGCAGCCGACAAGCCGGCCGCUGCGAGUCCGUUCACGUUCGGCGCGCCGGCGCCUGCGGCGGCAGCGCCUGCGCCAGCACCGGCGGCUCCGGCCGCUCCGGCGUUCACGUUCGGCGCGGCGGCUCCGGCGCCCGCGCCAGCGGCGGCCGCGACGCCGGCGUUCACGUUCGGCGGCGGUGCCGCCCCAGCACCUGCUGCUCCUGCACCGGCGCCAGCGGCUCCGGCAGCCCCGGCGUUUACCUUCGGGGCGUCGGCGCCGGCGCCGGCACCCGCGGCGGCCAAGCCAGCUUUCACCUUCGGAGCGACGCCGGCCGCGACGCCUGCUGCUCCCGCACCCGCGCCUGCAGCGGCCACGCCGGCGUUCACGUUCGGUGCGGCCGCUCCGACGCCCGCCCCAGCACCCGCGGCCGCCAAACCCGCGUUUACGUUUGGCGCCGGCGCGCCCGCGCCCGCCCCGGCGGCUGGCGGUGCCACGCCGGCCUUUUCCUUUGGAUCGAGCUCGCCUGCACCGCCAGCUCCGGCACCUGCGGGCGGCCCGGCGUUCACGUUCGGCGCCGCGCCGCCGGCGGCCGCGCCGCCAGCACCUUCUUUCGGCGCGCCGCCGCCGCCGCCCGCCGGCGGCAACUCGAUGCAAGAGUCGCCGGCGCAGCGCGAGCACAAGCAGUUCGGUGCAACGCCGGCGGCGGCGCCGAUGCCGUCGUUCGGAGCGGCCGCGCCGGCACCCUCCGCAUCGACGCCCUUUACGUUCGGAGCGGCUGCGCCGCCCGCGGCGACGCCGUUCGGCGGUGGGGCGCCGGCGAGCACGCCGUUUAGCUUUGGCGGCGGCGCCGCGCCUGCGCCCGCGCCGAGUGCUCCCGGCUUCACGUUCGGCGCACAGCCGCCUGCCGCGGCGCCCUCGCCUUUCGGCGGUGGAGCACCUGCCGCGCCGCCGGCGACGCCUUUUGCCUUUGGCGCGCAACCGCCCGCGGCGGCGCCGACGCCCUUCGGAGGUGGCGGCGGAGGCGCGUUCGGCGCCUCGCCGCAGCCGACGCCAUUUGGAGGAGGUGCACCCGCCGCCACGCCUUUCGGAGGUGGUGCUGCGACGCCUUUUGGUGGCGGCGCGCCCGCGGCGCCCGCCUUUGGCCAGACGCCGGCCUUCGGCGCGGCGCCGGCGCAACAGCCGGCGUUUGGCGCCGCCGCACCACCUGCGACGCCUGGCUUCGCGUUCAACGCCCAGGCGCCGCCUGCGCCGGCGGGCGGCGGCUUCUCCAUCGGGACGUCGUCGGCGCCGAAGCGCGGCAAGGCGGGCCGGCGCAUCAUCAAGGCGAAACGGCCGCCGCGCAUGAACUAGUCUAUCCUCCCCACCCGUGCGUAACGAGGUCGUACACUUACGAGAUAUCCGACGAAACCCGAUUUGCAUGGCCGGCGUCGAGCGCUCUCAACUCAGCUACCUAGGUACAGUGCUACGCGUAGUGCCGACAGCGCAUGCAGCGACAGCCGCAGCGCUCCUCACAGCGGUGAACUGCAUGAAUAUUCACGUCCCGGGCCAAGGUGCCAAGGUGCAGGGUCAAUUCCAGACCGAUUGCAAGAAAGCGCAAGAGGCGGCGCUGCUCUGCGCGACGACGCAUCCCGAAGAGCGGCAGCGCUGCGACAAGUUCUUCGCGGCGUACCGCGAGUGUCGGAAACAGGAGCACUCACGCAUUCUCGAGGCGCGCGGUCAGGGACGAUGAGCGGCUACGACGAGGCGCUGCUGAAGCGCGCGCGCGCGCUGCACGACGCGCCGAACGUGACGAUGGACGGCCACAACGAUUUACCGUGGGCCUUGCACGACGCCUACGACCAUCGUUUGUCCAAAUUUGAUUUGAGAGAGCCCCAGGGACACAUUAAAAUCCCGAAGCUGCGCCACCAGUACCUGCACACUGAUUUCCCGCGCUGCAGGAAGGGCGGCCUCACAGCCCAAUUCUGGAGCGUCUACGUGCCGACGACGAUCCGCGGCGGCGAGGCGGUGGGCCGCGGCGUCCUUGAGUCGCGUCGACGUCGUCCGGGCGCGACACGAGAGGACCACAUCACGCCAUCGAUGCGACGCGUGUCACGAUGCAGGUUCAGAAAACGUUGGAGCAGAUCGACUGCGUCCAUAGAUUAUGCGAGAAGUACCCCGACGAACUCGAGUUCGCGUACACGGCGGCGGACGUGCGGCGCAUCGUCAAGGACGGCAAGCUCGCGUCGAUGGCGGGAUUGGAAGGCGGCCACCAGAUCAACGGGUCGUUAGCUACGCUCCGCAUGUACUACCGGCUCGGCUGCCGCUACCUCACGCUGACGCAUAACGGCGGCCCGGGCUGGGCCGACGCCGCUCUGGACGAGAAUUCGAAGUGGAACGAGCACGCCACGGCCGGCGGGCUGAGUGCAUUUGGAGUAGAAGUAGUGAAGGAGAUGAACCGGCUGGGCAUGGCGGUUGAUUUGUCCCAUGUCCAUCCCGAUACCAUGAAAAAAGCCAUCGACGUGUCCGAGGCGCCUGUCUUGUUCUCCCACUCGAACACGCGGGCCGUGUGCAACCAUCCUAGGAAUGUCCCGGACGACGUGUUGCGGUCUUUGUCUGAAAAAGAUGGUGUUGUGAUGAUUAACGUGAACGCGCCGUUCGUGGCGGGGGAUUUUUUUGUGAAGGACGGCGCGGUCGGAGCCUGUGUGGAAAUGAACCGUGCGUCGGGUGCGCGACAAUUCUCCACUGAGUCGUUUCUCGGCGAUGACGCGGUCGUCCUGGCUCGGUCGAGCUGCGAGGAACCGGCAUCGCCACGCCAUCGAGCAGCCGUCGCGUCGAUGGCGUAGAUGACGACGCGAUGAUUCAGCACGAACGCCGUAAAAACUUUGAUUUCCACACAGGUCGGAGCAAGCGUAACCGAAGUCGCCGACCACAUCGAUUAUGCGAAGAAGGUUUGCGGAAACGUGCUGCAUCUGGGAUUGGGCGCCGACUACGACGGCAUCAAGGCGCCGGCGCGCGGCAUGGAGGACGUGUCGACGUACCCGGUCUUGACGGCGGAGCUGUUGAAGCGCGGCUAUACUGAUGAUGAAAUUAUAGCGAUCAACGGCGGCAACGUGUUGCGCUGCCUCGAGAAGAUCGAAGCCGUCGCCGCGCGCUUACAGGCGUCGGGGCUCUCCAGUGAGGCGAAGCCCGAGGACUUCGGGGAGGUGGCGGGGUAGCAGUCUAGGCCCUUAUCUGUUAUUGGAGCGGUUUUAGUUUUUUGCUAGUGUCUUACAUGCGCUAGCCACGCGUGCUCUCACAAAGUGGCUCUGCUAGCCGUGUUCGACAUAGUUCCGGG